GCGAAGGAGGCAGGAUGGCCGCGCUCAACGGGACGCUGCAGAACGGGCAGCCGGAGAAGAAGGGCGCCCCGCCGCCGCCGCCGCUUCCCCGGCCCGUCAAGAACCUGGAGGUCCAGUACACCAAGAUAUUUAUUGACAACGAGUGGCACGAAUCCAAGAGCGGAAAGAAAUUCUCAACCUACAGCCCUUCAAGGGUCGAGAAGAUCUGUGACGUGGAAGAAGGAGACAAGGCUGAUGUAGAUAAAGCCGUGGAGGCGGCCAAAACUGCCUUCCAAAGAGGGUCGGUGUGGAGGCAAAUGGACGCCACCAGCCGAGGGAGACUGUUACACAAGCUGGCCGAUCUCAUGGAGCGUGACAGAGUUGUGUUGGCGACCUUGGAAACGAUGGACACAGGGAAACCGUUCCUCCAGGCUUUUUUCAUUGACUUGGAAGGAUGCAUAAAGACACUCCGAUAUUACGCCGGCUGGGCUGACAAAAUCCAGGGGAAAACCAUACCUGUGGAUGAGAAUUUUGUCUGCUUCACCAGACACGAGCCUGUGGGUGUUUGUGGGGCAAUAACACCGUGGAACUUCCCGUUGCUCAUGCUGAUCUGGAAGAUGGCACCAGCCCUGUGCUGUGGAAACACCCUGGUGGUCAAGCCCGCUGAGCAGACACCCCUCACGUCCCUCUACAUUGGCUCUUUAGUCAAGGAGGCAGGUUUCCCUCCAGGUGUGGUGAACAUUGUGCCAGGGUACGGCCCCACUGCAGGCGCUGCCAUUUCCAACCAUCCCGACGUUGACAAAAUAGCUUUUACCGGAUCCACGGAGGUUGGGAAGUUGAUCAAAGAAGCUGCGUCGAAAAGUAACCUCAAGAGGGUGACUCUGGAACUUGGUGGGAAGAAUCCGUGCAUCGUCUGUGCAGAUGCCGACCUGGACUUAGCAGUCGACUGCGCCCACCAAGGGGUCUUCUUCAAUCAAGGACAGUGUUGCACAGCCGCCUCGCGGGUCUUUGUGGAAGAGCCGAUCUACGCAGAAUUCGUCAAGCGCAGCGUGGAAUUUGCCAAGAAGCGGCUCGUGGGGGACCCGUUUGAUGCCAAAACCGACCAAGGGCCACAGAUUGACCAAAAACAGUUCAAUAAAAUCUUGGAGCUCAUCGAAAGUGGGAAGAAGGAAGGAGCCAAGCUGGAGUGUGGUGGCUUGGCGAUGGGAGAUCGAGGCCUGUUCAUAAAGCCCACCGUUUUUUCAGAGGUCACGGACAACAUGCGCAUUGCCAAAGAGGAGAUUUUUGGACCGGUGCAACCCAUCAUGAAGUUUAAAAACCUCGAAGAAGUCAUUCAGAGAGCCAACAACACGGAAUACGGACUCACCGCCGCCGUGUUUACAAAGAACUUGGACAGAGCCCUGACGUUAGCUUCGGCGUUGCAGUCCGGGACAGUCUGGGUGAACUGUUACACUGCCCUCUACGCACAAGCUCCCUUUGGUGGCUUCAAAAUGUCAGGAAACGGCAGAGAACUCGGUGAAUACGCUCUGGCAGAAUACACAGAAGUGAAAACAGUGACUAUAAAACUAUCACAGAAGACUCACUGAAUGCCAGAACGCCAGGAGACCUAAAAUUCUGACACUCUGAAUGUUGAUAUAUGGACUGGAGGAGGGGGGGGAAAUGUGCUAAAGUUUCCAGAGAGAACAAAAGUAAACUCUUUAAACAAAACUAGAGGGGAGAGGAAACCAAACACGAGAUAUUAUUUUAUCUUUUUAGUACCUUGUGUUAGAAACCUGUGUUGUCAAUUCUCAAAUCGAUUAACUGCACAAAUGAUGGUCUUACAUUAACUGCACGUGGAUCUGUAAUUUAAACCUGCAGAUAGAUCCAUGUGUAUGGACCACAGUCGUUGCUGAAGAUGUAGCCCCGACUUUGCUCCACAGGCCAAUAAGCCCCCCUGACCCGGAAGCCAUGCUUUCUAACCGUGGCAAUAACCCCCUCAAAUCUCACACGCUUUUUCCUGACCCUCUUAAAAAUCUGUGUCCCGUUUUAAAACCCCGAUACACAAAGCACUUUGUCCAAAUCCUGUCUCGCUCUUUCACAUGUAGUAUUGGUAGCGUUACUGAACAAUCAAGGCCGUUGGCUAUUUUGCACCUUCUGUAGAGGCAAGCCCAACAUUUCCCACCAGACCUCCUUCAUCUUACCCGUUCUUCCUCUGCUUGGCCUCGUGAGCGAUCUACAAAAGUCCCAACCCACUUUGAGGUCCCGACCCCCACCUGGAGAACCAGUCGUCCUUUUUCCCCCACAAAGGAAAUAUCCCCGACUCAGAGAAGUCUCUUUCUCUCCCCAUCCUCCAUUGUGAAACCUGUGUACCGUACAUAUUUUUUUUAAAUGUAAAUUUUCUAUUUUUGCAGUCAAUUUUAGUAAAGGAGCUCUGCUUCUCA